CAGUCCCUGCGCCUUCUGUUGUCUGACGCAUUUGUAGCGAGCUGUUUCUAGUGCGAAGAAGUGUGUCGGCAUUUUGUGCAGCAGCUUCCGAGUUGAUAUCUACUUCUCCGUUAAUAAGAAUCGACUACGAUGGCGGCCGGCAACGAAGCUCAGCACAGCACACCGGUGUACCUGGGCGCCCUGCUGGAUGACGGGGAGGGCGCCACCGUGACUCUGGCGGCGGGGGAGACGCGGCUGGUGGUGCACAGGGCGGUCCUCGUGGCCGGGAGCCCCGUGUUCGAAGCAAUGUUCCGCCACGACACGGCGGAGUCGCGCGGCGGCCUCGUCGACGUCGCAGACGUGGACGGGCCGGUGCUGAGGGAGCUGGUGACGUACCUGUACACCCUCCGCGCCCCGCAGCUGGCGAGCCUGGCCCCCCGCCUGCUCGUCGCCGCCGACAAGUACGGCGUGGCGAGCCUGAAGGCCCAGUGUGAGCAGCAGCUGGCCGCUGGGCUGACGGUGGACAACGCGGCGGCCACAGCUGUUCUCGCGGUGCGACACUGCUGCCCCGGCCUCCAGCAGACGGCCGUCUCCUACAUAAAGGGCCACACACACCGAGUGAUGGCGACGCAGGGCUGGGCUGACGCAGUGCGCACCCAGCCAGAAGACGUCGUCGAACUCAGCAGGUUGCUGGCGGAGACGCCACCGGAAUCCAGCCCCGGCCCCAGCGCCGCCACUCAGCCUGCCAGCGGCGCGGCUGCCCGCCACACUCCGCCGCCUCCUGACGACGCGGCCGUCUCUCGCCUGCGUCGUGCUGUCAGUGCAGCACAGUCGCUGUCCCCUAUGUUCGGGCUGUGGUUUGCGCCCCACUCUGAACAGCCGCCCCCUGUUUGCAGUGCGGGCCGUGGCUCCAGCAGGCCCAGCCCUGCCACUCGGCCACUCGGCGACCCCGGACGCUCUCCUGCCGCGGCUGCCCGCCACACUCCGCCGCCACCAGACGACGCGGCCGUCUCUCGCCUGCAGAGCCUCUCUCAACAGGAGAGAGGGAGGAGGCUGAUAGAGGCGGCCGAGCAGGGCGCGGUGGAGCAGCUGCGCGAGUUACUGGCGGCGGGGGCGGACGUGGGGGCGAGGCGGGAGCGGGUGUUUGGGGGCAGCCGGACCGCCCUGCACGUGGCAGCAGGCGGGGGUCACGUGGCGGCGGCCAGCUGCCUCGUCGGCGCCGGCGCGGAGGUCGACGCCAGGACCAGCCUGGAGCAGCAGACGCCCCUGCACUGGGCUGCACGGGGUGGCCACGCUGGUGUGGUGCGGCUGCUGGUCGGCGCCUCUGCUGACCUCAACGCCAGGGAUUGGUGGGGGCGGACGCCGCUGCACUCGGCGGCAGAGAGGGGUCACGCAGGGGCGGCGGCUGAGCUCCUCCUGGCGGGGGCGGACAGGGGGGCCCGGGAUGGGGGUGGCAGGACCCCCCUGGACGUCGCCAGGCAGAACAGAAAGCAGGAGCUGGUGGAUAUGCUGACACAACGCUGACAUACGGCAUUCAGGAAGCACAAGCAGUUACACCAUAUGCGUUGGCCUUUCAAAUAAAGAAUACAAAAAAACAA